CCCCCUAACUUAUCCUCAGGGUCAACAGCACCAUUCCCUCCACCUAGACCCCUCCUCACCCCUAACUUAUCCUCAGGAUCAACAGCACCGUUCCCUCCACCUAGACCCCCCUCUCCUCAGGACCACCCCUGAUGACUCCCCCGACUCUCCCCUCUAAACCCUCCUCUCCCCCUGUCUCACCCCCACCCCCUGUCUCACCCGCUGACCCCACUCCCUCACCCUCCUCAUCCACAACACCCCUUCUUUCAGCAUCUGAACCGCUCCCUCCUCAAAUUGACUUGGCCAUUGACGUCACUGACACCACUGAUGUCCCUCAUGCCACUGUCCCAGAGGACUGUACUCCCCCACUCCCCAAACCCCUAGCACCUGAUGUCCCAAAGGCAUCCACUUCCCCCCUCCCCACACCUGUACCACCUCAAGUCUCAGUGCCCUCUACACUCCCCUUUCCUGAUAUCUUGGAUGCCUCUUCAGUCCCAGAGCUCUCCUCUUCAGAGCCAACCGUACCAGCACUUUCCUCUCACCCAGUCCCAAAGCCCUCAUCUAUGCCCCUCUCUGCUCCCAUCUCAAAACCCUCCUUAUCUCCAUUCUCCUCUCCCCCUGUUCCUCCUGUCUCAAAGCUCUCCUCACCCCCUCUUUCUAGACCCUCAGCACCUCGAAAACUCUCCGGUCCGUCCCAGCCGAGACCCCCUGUUCCUCACCCUCACUCGAUAGCCAAGCCCUCCUCCCCUGCUCUCCCCAGACCCCCUCUUCCAUCUACCAAGCCCUCGUCUCCCCCUCUCCCCACCCCACUAGUCCCUCUUGCACCCAAGCCCUCCCCAGCCCCAGCCUCCUCACCAGCCCCAGCCCCAGCCCCAACCCCAGCCACAGCUCCACCACCUAGCAUCAGUAUCCUGGAGAAGCUGAUCAAAACGUGCCCUGUCUGGUUGCAGUUAGCCAUGGCCCAGGAGAAAUCCUCACUUAUACUGAAGAAAGAAACUCCUGGAAUCUUUUUAGUGCGUAAAAGCCCAGACCAGAAGGCCAUGGUUCUGUCAGUACGUAUUUCUAACCAGCAGGGGGAGCCUCAGGUCCAGGACGUUCUGGUUAAAGAAGAGAAGUCAUUGAUCUACCUGGAAGGGUCUGUCCUGGUCUUUGACAACAUCUUCAAACUCAUCUCCUUCUACUGUGUCAGCCGGGAUAUUCUCCCCUUCACUCUGAGGUUGCCUGAGGUCAUCGUCCAGGCAACCAAGUAUGAAGAUAUAGAGAUGAUAUCAACAUUAGGUUCAGAUUUCUGGGUCUCUCAGAUGAACAGUUCCUCUGAGGAGCCAGGACAAGGGAGCAGACCAGUAGGGCACGGCCAGGGCCAGGGUCACAGCUCGUCCUGUGAGAUCCAGCUGUCCACUGGGACCGGUAACGACCGGCUGUGGUACGUUAACCCCAUAUUCAUAGAGGAGUACUGCAGCAGCCUGGAGGCCUCCACCCCCGUCGCUGCUCCCAUCCUCAGGAGCCAGAGCCUGAACACCCCAGGCUCAGGGCAGGGGCAGGUACCCCCCAAGUUCAAACGCCCCCCACCCCGACCCCCUAAUGUCCCUGAGGGAUUGUUACUGUCACAGGGGGCCAAGCAGGGGAACAGAGGGACGUCUGAUUCCCCCUCCCCCCGCUCACCACCCCCACCUCUUAGAGUCACAGCCAAGCCAGGGCAGAAAGGAGAAGGAAACAGCAGCAAAGGCAGUGGGGAGGGAGAGAAAGCUGCUUCUCAACUUGUCUCAGAGAGAGAGGUGUCAGUUACAGCUACUGACCCAGUAGCAGCUACUCAGCCUCUACAGCAUCUGUCACCGCAUGGAGCAACAGCAGGACAUCGGCACCCAGCACCCCGGCCACCUCCACACAGGAUCCCACUUGUGCCCCUACGGCGGAUGCCCUCAGAGAAGCGUCCCCCACCCCCAGGACAGGAGCCGCCCCAGCCGGAUGGGGGCACCCUGACCCUCACCACACCCUCAAAGAAGAAGGAUGAGGGCAGUGUUGGCAUAGUGCCUGUUGCUUCACUGGUGUGCAUCGACGUCACCACCAACAUGGCAGACGAGGAGAAGGAGUUAAGAGUGGAGCCCUAUGCUGGUGAGAUAGAGACACUGCAGAGGCAAGGGACAUCAGAGACUUCAAACAGCAGUGAGGCUGUUACCGUGGCUAUACCAGCCCCUCUGACGAAGAGGGCCGCACCGCCAGUCCCACCUCCCAGAAAGAAUAAGCCCUCCCAGGCCACGCUCACUACACCUCUCGCCCCAGACAUGAUAGGUGGAGGACUUCUUUCAAUCAAUGCAUCAUUGGACAUCCCCCAGACCUCUAGCACCCCCUUGCCAGCCCGGAUGGCCAUUUCCAUCCCCGAGGGGGAGGUGAGGGAGGCCAGAGGGGCAGAUGUGUCCCUGUAUGCUCCUGAUGGUGGCGCGGCCCUCCCUGCACUGGACCAUGACUCUUACUCUACCAGCAGCACAGAGGAGGAGGCUGACACUGUGGCCAGUCGGGCUGGAGGGGCCGUUGGGACCAACAAUACCAAAGUGUCAAUGAAGAGGACCCCUACCAUCAUGCUAGACCGGGCCAAGCAACGCCUCUCCAUGGUCAACUUCUCCAGUGUGUUCACCAACUUCAUGAGCGCUGACCAUAAGUUGCAGAAGAGGAUCGUGGAGCUGUCCCGGGACGGUAGCUCCUACUUCGGGAACCUGGUGAAGGAUUACAGGGUGUAUAUUCUGGAGACCAUGGUGAAGCACAGCUCCAGCACUGAGCUGCUGCAGGAGAUCAGGCAGAUGAUGACCCAGCUGAAGAGUUACCUCAUCCAGAGCACUGAGCUGCAGAACCUCCUGGAGCCCAACGUCUACACAGAGGAAAAACUAGAGGUGAUUAUGGAAGCUGCUCUGUGCAAGGCUGUGCUGAAGCCUCUGCGGGAGGCUGUCUACUCCGGCCUGAAGGACAUCCAUGCCAGGGGGGGCUGUCUGAAGAGACUGAGGGAGAACCAGAGUGUGGUCCUGGGUACCACCACCACAGAUCUGGGGGUCACCACCAGUGUUCCAGAGACCACUGUCAUGGAGAAGAUCCAGCUGAAGCUGAUGACCCUCCACUUGGAGUACUCCCCUCAGAAGAAGAUUGAUCUGCUCCUCAAGACCUGCAAGAUCAUAUAUGAGUCCAUGUCUAUAGGCUGCCCAGGGAGAGCCCAUGGCGUAGAUGACUUCCUCCCAGUGCUGAUGUACGUCCUGGCCAGGAGCAACAUGGCCUUCCUGCUACUGGAUGUAGAGUACAUGAUGGAGCUGAUGGACCCUGCACUACAGCUAGGAGAAGGCUCCUACUACCUGACGACCACGUAUGGAGCGUUGGAGCACAUAAAGAACUAUGACAAGCAGGCGGUGACACAGCAGCUCAGUCUGGAGAUCCAGGAUUCUAUCCACCGCUGGGAGAAGAGACGCACCCUGAACAAGGCCCGGCUGUCAUGCUCGUCUGUACAGGACUUCAUCAACGUGUCGUUCCUGGAGGCGGGGUCUAACACUAAGACCCUGGGAGUCCACCCCACCACCACGGCCCAGGAUCUGUGUGCCCAGUGUGCUGACAAGUUUGAAGUGCUGGAGCCAGAGUCCUACAGCCUGAGUGUGCUAGUGGAGGGCCACUACCAGCCCCUGGCCCCUGAGGAGUUCCCCCUCACCAUCAAGUCUAGUCUCCACCACAGUGAGCCCCGCAAGGCCUUCUACUUUGUCUACCGGCCUGGAAGGACAGAGUCAGAAGGGCAGGAGGCAGAGAGUGAGGAGACAGCUACCGCAGCGGAGCCAGAGCCUGACGAGGAGAAUAAUCUGAUCGAGAUAUGAUAUUAAGGGGGAAGUGGCCACAGAAUCAGCAUCAGCUAGUGACCCAGAGGCCCGGCCUGUGCUCUGCUGUGAUGUGAUGGACGAGCGGACACAGGCUCACAGAGACUAUUUUUUAUCACCGGACCCAGCGGUGCUACCUGGCAGACUCACCCAAUCAGCCGACGCUAAAUUGCUUUCUGCAACCCACUGAUUCUCCUCCACUGAUGCUGCUUCUCUAUCCGACUAUACUCAAUCCUUUUUUUAUGUCUUCUCUAAUUGCAGUAAUCUGUUCUCUCUCUGGUUCUUGCUACUGUAUAGCGAGCGCUGGUUGUCCUUUUCAUACUCCUGGGCCACAGCACCCAAAGAGUCAUUUACAGAACUAAGUAAGAGUUGAGCAUCUUAUUGUGCAUGGUACUGUUUAGCCUGGGUCCUAUAGCCUACAUUAGUGGUCCCCAUAAAAUUCAAAUUUGGAGGUAGUCAGUCAUGCAUACCGGUAAUAUUAUAUGUUGCUAUGUUGUCAUCCAUCACAGAUAGCAGAUGCAUAAUAAUACCUGGACCAGGCCACUGGAAAUAUGAUGUUUUCCUUGAUCAGAAUGAGAAGUAAACACUGUGUGUAUCUCUCAGCUAAACACAUAUUUGGUAUUGUGAGUGUUGUUUGAGAGUUAGGCCUUUCAUGUUUUAUGCAACAGAUUAUGCAUGCAUGUUUCCUGCCAAAGAGAGAGCAUAUUAAUAUUAUAAGAGAUUAUUUUUCAUGGUAGAUAUAGUUUAUAUGAUGUGUGUAUCACACACAAACAAACACACACCACACAUGCCAACACACACACCCAAACACAGUACACACAUGUAUAAUGCUAAAUAGGCACACAGACUUAGACACAUUGAGAAACUAUAGGUCCUGUGAACCUUCUUUAUUCCUCAAUCUACAGAUAUUGCUGAGCUCAGUGAAACACACAGGUCUGUAAAUCACCUGUUAUUACAGCCUCUGAGUCACAAGGAGUUGAUAUAGUCAGGGCCCAUAUUCACAAAGUAUCUCAGAGUCGGUGUUCUGAACUAGGAUCAGGUUCCCCCACUUAUUAAUUAUGAUUUAUAAGGCAAACCUUUUUCCUAGAUCAGCACUCCUACUCUGAGACGCUUGGUACAUACAGGCCCUUGUGUCUGACACUAACGUCUUGUGACUCUAAGGCUGUCCUAAUAUGGACACUGUACAUAUUGUCUGGUCGCAUACUUUAAAAUCCACACAGUACCAGGGACAUCCCCUUUUGAGAGGCUUACACCUCCAACCCUCCAUCCCUUUAUCCCU